CAUUUUUUGACAGCUAUCGAAAAAUGACGUGGAAUGAGAGUCGAAAAAAUACGACAAGAGUGACACGAAGACGAGAACAGUACCCCCCCAAUUCACUUUUGUACAGCACUUCGUCUCGUUUGUGGGUUAAAAAUUUUUAAAUCAAAAUGCCCGCUCCUGCAAGUUCAACAUCCGUGGGCAGCGGAUCUCGCUCGCCCAGCAAAUUGUCAGCGCCACGUAGCUCCGGAGCAGGCGGUGGCAGCACCCUGAAGCAGCGCAAGACCACCAGCAGCACUACGGCAGCCAGGAGCCGUGCGCCCGGAGGAGCCGGUACCGGUGGCAUGUGGCGCUUCUACACAGACGAUUCCCCCGGCAUCAAAGUCGGUCCCGUGCCCGUCCUGGUCAUGUCGCUGCUGUUCAUCGCUUCCGUUUUCAUGCUGCACAUCUGGGGCAAAUACAACCGCUCCUAAGCCAGUUCAUUCAUAGCCAAUAAAAUACUUUCACCUCAACGAACGAACGUGAGCAGUGUGUCGACGUCAUCAUUUCUUUCACGACGAUAACAACAGAACAUAACUUUCUGCAUUCCGCCUGUUGAGUUGAGGAUUGGAGUUAAAGUGUUUUCCACAUGAAAUUAAUUAUACCUUAAGCUUAAGUUAAAACCACAUCCCGUCGACGUUAAAGCCUAAACUAAACGUAAUGCAUAUUUUUCCAAAAUUUCGUCGUAACCUUCCUGUGCGCUAGCUUCGUGAAUGAGAGACGGGCGGAGCAUUCAUUCCACAAUUUAUCGUGGUUUCAAUUGCAAUUCAAAAUUUUUAUGAAGACAAACGAAAAGUGUUAAGAACAAAUAAAUUUUGUAUUGAACAAA